AUCGGGGAGACCCAUUUAAUUGGACAUUUUGAACUGAUCCUUUACCUGGGAGUUAAGUCUCCAGUUUUCAGUGCGUUUAGAAUUGUUUAAGUUAGAUUUUGCGUCUUACGGAUUUCUACAGAAAGAACUCUCUCUGGGACUGGCUAGUGACAACUGAGCUGCUCAAGGCAGGAAGAACUCUAAGCUGAGCAGUGGAGGUCCUCCUGGAUCUGGAGAGAAGAGGUGACCUUGGAACCAGUAAUGAGCCAUCCUAACUAUCGGCUGAACCUCCGGCCCCUAAGGACCCCCAGAGGUGUGUCCUCUUUGGUUGGUCCACAUGGUGUUGGUGCUUCGCCAGGUGACAAAAAGUCAAAGAACAAGACCGCACGAGGGAAGAAGAAGAGCAUAUUUGAAACCUACAUGUCCAAGGAAGAUGUUUCAGAAGGCUUGAAGAGAGGAACACUUAUCCAGGGUGUAUUGAGAAUCAAUCCGAAGAAGUUUCAUGAAGCCUUCAUUCCUUGCCCAGAUGGUGAUCGAGACAUUUUUAUUGAUGGAGUCGUUGCUCGUAAUAGAGCCUUGAAUGGGGAUCUGGUGGUUGUGAAGCUGCUUCCAGAGGAGCAGUGGAAGGUAAUUAAACCAGAGAGCAAUGACAAAGAAACAGAAGGUGCCUAUGAAUCAGAUCUCCCUGAAGAGCUCUGUGGAAGCCAUCUCCCGCAGCAGUCCCUGAAAGGCUAUAAUGACAGUCCUGAUGUCAUUAUAGAGGCUCAGUUUGAUGACAGUGACUCAGAAGAUGGACAUGGCCACACGCAAAAUGCUCUGGUUGAUGGUGUUAAGAAAAUCUCAGUUUGUGUUCACGAAAAAGGAAAAGAAGAUGCUGGUGCACCAGUUACAAAAGACGAGAACACUUUGAUGCAACAGGACACAAGAGCUUUACCAGAGAAGUCGCUGCAAAGAUCAGCAAAGGUGGUUUACAUCUUGGAGAAAAAACAUUCCCGUGCAGCAACUGGCUUCCUUAAACUCUUGGCCGAUAAGAACAGUGAACUGUUUAGGAAAUACGCCCUGUUUUCUCCCUCGGAUCACCGAGUGCCUAGAAUUUAUGUGCCUCUUAAGGACUGUCCCCAGGACUUUUUGACUCGGCCUAAGGAUUAUGCCAACACACUGUUCAUCUGCCGCAUCGUGGACUGGAAGGAAGACAGCAAUUUUGCCUUGGGGCAGCUGGCUAAGAGUCUUGGGCAGGCUGGUGAAAUCGAGCCUGAAACAGAAGGCAUACUAACAGAGUAUGGUGUGGAUUUCUCUGAUUUCUCUUCAGAAGUUUUAGAAUGUCUCCCUCAAAGCCUGCCUUGGACAGUUCCAUCGGAGGAAUUCAGCAAGAGGAGAGAUUUAAGAAAAGACUGUAUCUUCACCAUUGACCCAUCAACUGCCCGCGACCUCGAUGACGCCCUUUCCUGCAAGUCACUUGCUGACGACUCAUGUUGUUGGGAAGACUCGCCACAGAGUCAGGAGGGUGAUCCAGGCAAGAGCAGCGUGUUCCCGUCGUGUGGACUGGAUGGAAACCAGUGUGUGGGACAAGAAAUCCAGCAUCUGUUGAAUGUCCUUGUGUCUAGCAAUUUUGAAGUGGGAGUUCACAUCGCUGACGUCAGUUACUUUGUUCCUGAGGGAUCCAAUUUGGAUAAAGUGGCUGCUGAGAGAGCUACAAGUGUCUACUUGGUUCAGAAGGUAGUCCCCAUGUUGCCCAGGCUGCUGUGUGAGGAGCUGUGCAGCCUCAAUCCCAUGACAGACAAGCUGACCUUCUCCGUGAUCUGGACGCUAACUCCAGAGGGCAAGAUCGUUGAUGAAUGGUUUGGCCGGACCAUCAUCCGCUCCUGCACCAAACUGAGCUAUGAACAUGCACAGAGCAUGAUUGAAAGCCCAACGAAGAGCGUCCCCGAGCAGGAGCUGCCCCCCAUCUCCCCGGAGCACACCGGGGAGGAGGUGCACCGGGCUGUCUUGAACCUCCACGGAAUGGCAAAGGAGUUACGCAAACAGCGGUUUGCGGACGGCGCACUGCGUCUGGAUCAGCCAAAACUUGCUUUCACCCUGGACCACGAGACUGGAUUGCCUCAAGGAUGUCACAUCUAUGAGUACCGUGACAGCAACAAGCUCGUGGAGGAGUUCAUGCUCUUGGCCAACAUGGCUGUGGCCCACAAGAUCCACCGCGUCUUUCCUGAGCGAGCCCUGCUGCGCCGGCAUCCCCCACCCCAGACCAAGAUGCUCAAUGACCUGAUGGAAUUCUGUGACCAGAUGGGGCUGCCCAUGGACUUCAGCUCGGCCGGGGCCCUCCAUAAAAGUCUGACUGAAACAUUUGGAGAUGACAAGUACUCACUGGCCCGGAAGGAAGUGCUUACCAACAUGUGCUCCCGGCCCAUGCAGAUGGCCGUGUACUUCUGCUCGGGGAUGCUGCAGGACCAGGCGCAGUUCCGGCACUACGCCCUCAACGUGCCGCUCUACACACACUUCACCUCUCCCAUCCGCCGCUUCGCUGACGUCCUGGUGCACCGCCUCCUGGCCGCUGCACUCGGCUACAGGGAGCCGCCAGAUGUGGAGCCCGAUGCCCUGCAAAAGCAGGCAGACCACUGCAAUGACCGCCGCAUGGCGUCCAACCGCGUGCAGGAGCUCAGCACCAGCCUCUUCUUUGCCAUCCUGGUCAAGGAGAGUGGCCCCCUAGAGUCGGAAGCCAUGGUGCUGGGCGUCCUGAACCAAGCCUUUGACGUGCUGGUGCUGCGCUAUGGGGUGCAGAAGCGCAUCUACUGUAAUGCACUGCCCCUGCGGUCACACCACUUCCAGAAGAUGGGCAAGAAGCCGGAACUCACGCUUGUCUGGGAACCUGAGGACGUGGAGCAGGAGCCAGUGCAGCAGGUCAUCACCAUCUUCAGCCUGGUGGAGGUGGUGCUGCAGGCAGAGGCCCCGGCUCUCAAGUACGGCGCCAUCCUGAAGCGACCAGGCACCGAGGGCCUCCUGGACCCGCAGGUGGAGGGCGGUGUGAGGAGCAGGCUGAGCAGCAGGAGGACUGAAGCCGCCAGCCUGGCCCAACCCUCCAGCCCAACUGCCCCACCCACUGGCUUUUAGGAAUUGGACCUUUUGACACCAAAGGGGAGUUUUAAUUUGAUUUUUAAUAACUCAGGGGUUUGUUUUUAUUUUUUCAUUCUAUUUUCUUUUUGCAGCUCAGUUUUCAAACUGGAGGGUGGAGGGUGGAGCUGGAUGGAAACCUGAGGGCUGGUCAUUACUUACCAGAGCAGAGCUAGUCCCGGUCCUCCCGGGAGGGCAGCCCCACUUCUGCCACAUUUCUCACUGCCUUGCCUGCCCAGGAAACAAGUGGUUUUCAGCAAAUCAGUGUCAUGGAAUAAAAUCAAGUGUGAA